AAAUAUUAAAAAAAUCUAGGGUAGUGUUCUUUUAUAUAAGCAAAAUCAGAAAGAUUCAUAUCUUAACAGCAGCGCCGCUUAUUGUUCUUCUUCAUUACGCGGCGCACUUCUUUAUUUUUCUAAUCCACAAAGAUUUGGGACUGGUUUUGCAGUACCCGUCUCGGCCUCUCAGCUGAAUCCAAAUUCAUCUUCACAAUUAGGAUAGGAAUGGCUGCACGCUUCGCUACCUCCGCCACGCGCCGCCUAUCUCUCCGCGGCGGUGUUCGAUCUAGCAAUUGCUCCUUAGGGCGGGGUUUUGGAUCCCGAGCUCAAUUCGUCGGCAGGGAGGCGGAUGCUACUGAGUAUAAUACGAGAAUCGCCGGUGCCCCGCCGACGAGUAACCAGCUAUGCCAACCCUCUAGAUAUAUAUUGUCUGGGUUUGCAGGUUAUAAUUGGCAACGACAUAAAAGCAGUCUAGUAGGAACCUCAGAGACUACACGCGCAACAACUUAUCCUAAAUCCUUCUGUGAGUGGCUAGCUGGAAUUAUCGAUGGUGAUGGAAGUAUUCAAGUUAGUAAAAAAGGAUAUACUUCUCUUGAAAUUACUAUGGGACUUGAAGAUCUACCACUACUACGAUAUAUCCAACUUAUGCUUGGUGGAAGUAUUAAAAUGCGAGCAGGUGCUAAAGCUUAUCGUUAUCGACUACAUAAUCACCUUGGUAUGAUUAAACUAAUGAAUUGUAUAAAUGGUCAUAUUCGACAUUCAGCACGACUACUUCAACUACAUCGUGUCUGUCAAGUACUGGAAAUCCCCGUAAUUCUACCUAUUCCACUAGAUGCUCAAUCAAAUUGGUUUGCAGGAUUCUUUGAUGCUGAUGGUACUAUUACUAUAGCUAUGAAGCAUGGACUACCUCAACUAAGUAUUCGAGUAACUAAUAAACUUCUACAAGAUGUAGAGUCUUAUAAGGUAGUAUUUGGAGGAAGUCUCUACUUUGAUAGUAGUCAAAAUGGUUACUAUCAAUGGUCUAUACAAAGUAGAAAAGAUGUUAUCAUGAUGAUGCUAGAUUACUUUAAAUCAAAUACUUUCCGAAGUCAUAAAUCACGACGAUUCUUCCUUAUUGAGGAAUAUUACAGUCUUUACGAUCUCAAAGCAUUUAAACCUGACAGUAUUCACCAUAAAGCAUGGCUAGCUUUCCUAGACAAAUGGAAUAAGUUGAUGAUAUAGUCCACCUUUCUUCUAUUCAUCCGCUUAUAUUAGUAGAAGAGAGAAGCACCCUGAAGUUUACAUCCUCAUUCUGCCUGGAUCCGGUAUCAUAAGUCAUAUCGUUUCCACUUUUUCGGGAAAACCGGUUUUCGGGUAUCUAGGCAUGGUUAUGAGUGAAGGAUCGUGGACAAGAGAAUCUGUGUUCCAUACUUGUGGUGUUUGGAAGCCGUUAUGGUUUUUACAAAACGGUGAGCUACUGUAUUUUGCAAGCUUGAAUGAUGAACUAGCUGUGUUUGAUCAUGCCAUUGGAAAGUUGAAGCAUCUUGGUAUGUAUUGCUUUUCGACCUCACCAAGGCUAAUUCUAUUUUUUGAGAGCUUUGUUCAACUCAAUGGAAUUUCAGACGUUGAGGAGGUAAAAUUCCUUAUGCUUAUACUAGUUUGGUGAGUCUCUGUACGUAUACUUUCUUAUUUAUUUUAUAUAUGGAUGAGUAAUGUGUUUGUAUUAAAUUAUUAAUUUCACCAAUAAGCAGGAGAAAGAAGAAGACGAGCACAUGACUGAAGGGGAAGGGCCGUUAAGCGUAGCUUGUUAUCUUUACUGUUUAUCAGGGAAUCUAUCUGUAUUUUCCGUUGGGAAUAAUUUGUUAUUCCAAGAAAUUAGUCAUAAAAUCUUUUUUCCGACUGUCUUAAUUUUUCCAAGAAAUCCAUCCAUUAUUUUAACCGCCAUCAGACAGAAGAGUGGAAAGGAUAUAUGCAGGCAAAGAGAUGCUCUAUCUUAUGUGGAACUACGGCGCUGUUACAAACUCCGGUGGCUCAGCGGCAGCUACCGGCCGUGCAAGGAGGGCACGGGGGACGUUAGGGUGGUCGAUUUUUGCACCCGACGGCCGUGUCCAUCGACUAUAGUGAUGUCGACAGAUGCCUUUGCCGCCGUCUCACGAUCCCUCUAUUUUUUUCAUUUUUUAUUUACUUAGUUGCCAUAUAAAUUGUGGAGAUUUUUUAUUGAUAAACUAAGGUUUAGUUGUGUUUUGGUUUUUUGGGUUUUUUCGCAGUUUGCUAGCAUGUUUAGCUCAUUUAA